GCGCUCUGGGAGCCUGUCCGGGCUGAGCGCGCGGCCCGCGGAUUGUGGUGACAUGGCCCACCGAGGUGUGGAGAGGGACUUCCAGACUUCAGCACGGCGCAUGGGCACCUCACUGCUCUUCCAGCUUUCAGUGCAUGAACGGGAGCUGGAUCUGGUUUUUCUGGAUCAUAGCUAUGCCAAGCCAUGGAGUGCCCACCCAGACGCCAGCAGUGCCCGGCCUACCCGCAUGCUCUUUGUUACUCCGCGAAGGCAGCAGGAAAGUACCAUUGAAUCAGAUGUCCCAAUAGAUGUGGAGACAGUGACAUCAACCCCUGUGCCACUCUACGACAAUCAGAAGGCACGCAGUGUGAUGAACGAGUGUGAACGGCAUGUCAUCUUCGCCAGGACUGAUGCAGAUGCCCCUCCCCCACCAGAGGACUGGGAGGAACAUGUCAACAGAACGGGCUGGACAAUGGCCCAGAACAAACUAUUCAACAAGAUCCUCAAAGCACUGCAGUCUGACCGGCUUGCUCGCUUGGCCAACGAAGGGGCUUGCAAUGAGCCAGUGCUUCGCCGCGUUGCUGUGGACAAGUGUGCGAGGAGGGUGAGGCAGGCCCUGGCAAGUGUGAGCUGGGACACCAAGCUGAUCCAGUGGCUGCAUACCACCCUGGUAGAGACCUUGAGCCUGCCCAUGCUGGCGGCCUACCUGGAUGCUUUGCAGACGCUAAAAGGGAAGAUCCCUACCUUGAUUGACCGGAUGCUUGUGUCAUCCAACACGAAGACCGGGGCUGCAGGAGCUGAGGCCUUGUCCCUUCUACUGAAGAGGCCCUGGGACCCUGCUGUGGGAGUGCUUUCUCAUAACAAACCAAGCAAACUCCCUGGCUCGCCACUCAUUCUCAUUGCCUCCUCCGGGCCCUCCAACUCUGCAUUUCCCACCUCGCGCCGCCACCGCUUCUGGCAGUCUCAACUAUCCUGCUUAGGCAAGGUCAUCCCUGUAGCCACCCAUCUGCUGAACAAUGGAAGUGGGGUAGGCGUUCUGCAGUGUCUUGAGCAUAUGAUUGGGGCAGUGAGAAGCAAAGUGCUGGAGAUUCACAGCCAUUUCCCCCACAAACCCAUUAUCUUGAUUGGCUGGAAUACAGGAGCUCUGGUGGCCUGUCAUGUAUCAGUGAUGGAGUAUGUCACUGCAGUUGUCUGCCUUGGGUUCCCUCUGUUCACCGUGGAUGGCCCCAGAGGGGAUGUGGAUGAUCCCCUCUUGGAUAUGAAGACUCCGGUCCUCUUUGUUAUCGGUCAGAAUUCCCUGCAGUGUCACCCUGAAACCAUGGAGGACUUUCGGGAGAAGAUUCGGGCUGAAAACAGUUUGGUGGUGGUUGGGGGAGCUGAUGAUAAUCUCAGAAUAAGCAAAGCAAAGAAGAAAUCAGAAGGGUUGACUCAGAGCAUGGUGGACAGGUGCAUUCAGGAUGAGAUUGUGGACUUUCUAACUGGCGUGCUCACUCGCGCUGAGGGGCAUGUGGGCGCUGAACCUCGGGACCAGGAUGCUGAAAAGAAGAAGAAGCCCCGGGAUGUGACCCGCAGAGACCUGGCCUUUGAAGUGCCCGAGAGAGGCAGUCGACCUGCCUCGCCAGCUGCCAGGCUGCCUGCCUCCCCUUCAGGCUCUGAGGAUCUCUCCAGUGUGUCCAGUAGCCCUACGUCCAGUCCUAAGAACAAAGUGACCACAGUGGCCUCUGCCCAGAAGUCCAGUCAGACCGGGAGCUCUCAACUGCUGAAGAGACACGUGCAGCGGACAGAAGCUGUGCUGACCCACAAACAAGCUCAAGCACAGUUUGCUGCUUUUCUGAAACAGAAUAUGCUGGUGAGGAAAGCUCUUCCUCCCGGCACCUCCUCCUGUCUCUUUGUUCCCAUUUCAUCAGAACAAACAGAAGAAGCAGAGAAAGAAGACCUUAGGGUCCAGCUGAAGCGGCACCAUCCCUCCAGUCCUCUGUCUGGCAGUAAGACUUCCAAGCGACCUAAGAUCAAGGUGUCCCUUAUCUCCCAAGGAGACCCAACCGGAGGGUCUUAUACCCCUUCCCAAGGAGGAGCCCCAGAAGCCACAGGAGGGAAGCCCAUCACGAUGACACUGGGGCAGGCAUCAGCAGGGGCCAAGGAGCUCACAGGGCUUCUCACCACAACCAAGUCCAGUACUUCUGAAGGGGGUGUGUCAGCCAGCCCAGCCUCCGCCGUGGUCUCCAGCAGCACUGCACCUAGUCCCUUGCACACACUCCAGAGCCGCCUAGUGGCCACCUCCCCUAGCAGCUCCCUCCCAGGGGCCACAUCAGCCAGCAGCCUCCUCCAAGGCCUCAGCUUCAGCUUGCAGGAUAUCAGCAGCAAGACCUCUGGCCUCCCAGCAAAUCCCUCCCCAGGACCAUCCCCACAGGCCACCAGUGUGAAGUUGCCCACCCCCAUUCAGAGCCUAGGUACCAUCACCACGGGCACCAGCACCAUUGUCCGUACCAUUCCUGUGGCCACCACUCUCUCCUCCUUGGGUGCCACUCCUGGUGGGAAGCCCACAGCCAUCCACCAGCUGCUGACCAAUGGGGGCCUCGCCAAGUUGGCAAGCAGUCUACCUGGCCUGGCUCAGCUCUCUAACCAAGCAUCAGGUUUGAAGGUCCCCACCACCAUUACUCUGACCCUGCGUGGACAACCAAGCCGAAUCACCACACUGAGCCCCAUGGGCCCAGGAGCAGCUCCAUCCGAGGAGCCCACCUCCCAGGUGCUGCCCUCCAACUCACAGCGCCUGCCUCCAGCUCCCUGAAGAUGCCAUGGGAUGAUCUUCCUUUACCAGAUUGGCGAUGGCUGCUACAGUGAGCCCUGGGUACAUACGCUGUCCUGCUGAGCUGUCCACUUGUCUGAAGACAUCUUUAAGACACUCAUUUUUGUCUCCCUGCCAACUGUCUUCAGGGUUGGGCCUCUGGUCUUGUGAAAUUGUUAGGCUAAGUAAUAUGGUACCAGCAAGGGGAGCAUCAUCCUCCAGCAUCUAUAGGUCUGGUUUCCAGAAUCCCCAGGCUCCUCAGCAGAUUUGGCUUUUCAUGGGUCACCAGCACCAGCCAUGCCACUCAUUGCAUUUCAUAAAGGAGCUCCUUUUGGCAGUCUGUGCUGCCCCUGUGCCAAGUUUGGAGGAAACGUCCACAUGGUGCAGGGCUGCUGGGGUUCAGGUUGAGAGAGAGCCCUUUGCUGAGGACCAAGGUCAUCCUGGCCUACCCGUCGGCAGGUCAGCAUUAAAAGGGCUUGUUUGAGACAUUGCUGCUGCCUUCACUGAGUAGCAUAAGAGAGUGCUCCUCGUGCAGCUCCCUCUGAGGAACCACAACAGAGUAGCCUGCUGAGACUGAGAAUUCCUCAUUUCAAGUCCAUGAAAGAGCAAAGAGAACUAACCGGGCUGCCAUCUCUCAGUCCCUUUGGGCACUGUACAUGUGAAGAGUAGCAGUUGGUAGGAAGUGAACGCUGGCCCCUUUCUUUUUUUCAUCAUGGUUAGCAGAAAGCCUGCGGGUCCAGAAGGUUGAAGAAGAGCAAUGGAACAGCAAAUGAAGUAGCUUCAAGGAUGUAUCAGUAAGUCCCACGGUGAAAAUUGUUUGGAUUUGAGGUUUUGCAUCUAGUACCUAAGGAACUGCUCUUCCACUGGAGAUGAGAAGAGUUUGCAGGGUCAGUGGGGCACAACCUCCACCCCUAAAACCUCUCCUUCCAGCGCUUGAAGGUGAAACAGGGAUAACCAGCUAAGUUAACACCUGGGCCAUCUCAGGAAACUCGAGCAUCAAGACAACGAAGGCCAUGCUUCAUUGCUUCUGUUUCUAUUCCAUGUGAUUUGUUUUCUUGCUUAAAAGUGGGGAAAUUCAUUGGCACUGACACUACUGUGCAGGGCUCUUGGUGAUAUCUUGAGCCCAGGAAGUGGAGGUUCCUGAAGAAGUAAUCACUGGUGAUGGAGCUUGGAGUCCCUCUUUCCCUUGUCACAAUACUUGUGUUCAAAGGUAGUUUUAGAUUUGGCUUAGAACUCGUCAUUCACAGCGGCCUCCCUUCCCUUCUGUACUCUAAAAUGUUUCCAGCUGUGGUGAUAAGUCAGGCAACCCAGUGGACUCAGUUCAGUAUCUGUAGGCCGAGAGGGUCCACAGUAUGCCAUGGCCGAACUGUGGUCCAGGGUUCUGACCCACAUACAGUGUCCCUCCAAACCAGGCCACCUGCAUUCAAUUCCGGAGCCUCACGUUCCGGUCUGAGUGGCAGCUAGGGGGGUGCCCAGUGUACGCAAGUCUCAGAUGAGACAGAUCUGGGGAUGUGUAUGAUAAGAGUGGAGAGGGCAUCUUAAACAUACCCUUCCUCCCUGACUGCUGCAGAGCUGGUUUCAGUGGUGAUGAUUUGCACAGAAAUACGCUGUAUUCCUUUUUUUUUUUUUUUCAGAUUUAUAUUUUAUUUUGUUUUUUAAUUUAAUCUUUAUUGUAUUUUUCUAUUACCAUUUAGUCCCCUUAUACUCCCCACCCUCCUACACUGUAUUCUUGCAUUAGCUGGUGGGUAAACUGCUUUUUGAAGUUCAGGGGGCAGUGAGUAAGGUUGAAAAAGAUAUGAAAUCUGAAAGAGGCAUUGGUGGGGUCAGGGGAUUGUCAACUUUACAGGCAGGAUAAUCACAUACCAACAGGACCUGGGGAAAGGAGGACUGUGAGACUAUGUGAAGUUUUAGGAAUCAUUUAGGACAGGCAGGGGGUCCUAAACAGCCAUUCAUAGCUUAAGAGUACAGCCUAGGCAGCGCUGGCAGGGCUACUCCUGGAAGAUGCUGGCUCGAUGUGUGCUGGGGCCAGAGGAACAACUAACGCAUCUUCCUGCUUUCAUGUAAAUCCUAGUGUGCUUCCCAUGGACGACUUCCUGAAGCUUAAGUUGUAACACCCUGAAGAAUGCCAAACUGGAGAAGGGGGAUUGUGAGAACAUGGAUUCUGCACCUUGGAGGGACAGGCUAAAGGGGGAAGUCGUUGAAGUCCAUAGAAUCAUGUUCCCCAAUUCCACAUCUCUUCCAACCACACUGUUUGAAAUGUAAAAGGAAGCUUUCUUCUCUCUAUCACAUAGCCAACGUGGAGUCUAUAACCCUCAGCCUGUUAUACUCCUGGCCAAAAUGUUGAAGGAUGAAGAAGGCUUUAGUUAAAUUCUUGGAUGACAGAUAUAUGUUGAUGCCUUCUGGGAAAUGUCCGUGUACUUUGAGAAGAUGGAGGAAGAUGUAUCUGUUCUUGGUCUCACCAUAAGAACAAUAUUGGGCUGAAUAGCAGUCUUGGGUUAUAGACUGAGCCACUGCAAUAGUUUUGUUUUUACAUUAACAAAAACGAAAACAUAAAAGCAACUUUGCAUCGCUCCAGCUUAUUUUCAGUUGACUUCUUGUGUUUAUUCUGGUAAUAACCCAGUGAAGUGGCUCAAAAAAUAAAAGCUAAGAUACUGUGGUAAUGCCUUUGUUCAUCUCUGAUGCCGGUGCCAUGAGGUAGGUACUGUAAUUCCCUUUUCACAGGUGCGGGAACUGAGACAGGGAUAUCAUUCCAUAGGAAGUGGCAGAAGCAGGAUUAGAACCUAGGCAGCCUGAUGCCAGCGUCUGCUCCACUCUGCGCUUGCUGGAGUUCUGAGGUGGGAGACCAGAAGUGGAGAUUAGCCCAGGAGGUGAGAAGUUGGUGGCUUGGCCUUCAUGUGAUCCUUUUCAGUUUGCGUCCCACCUGCCUACCGUGAUUGCUGCUGCCAUGCUGACUCAUGCUGGGCCUGAGUCAGUAGGUGGGGUCCUGAGAAAUUAAAAUCCCUUUACAUAUCCUAUUAUCUCCACCCUCUUUGAUAAACAAAGAGAGGUGAGUGAAUGAAUUCCAUUCUCCAGGUUAUUUGUGAACUAUUCAAGAGGACCUUCCUGCCUAUCCUUGCAUUCCAGGUCCCUAUACUUGGCAUUGGAACCCUCUGUGGGUGGAAGCCACAGUUGUGAUAGGCUGCCUGAGGAAUCCUGUACAAGUGGGCUCCUUUAUCACCAUCCAUAAUGCAGACCUGACAUGUUCUUUCCCUCCCUUCCAACUCUACUCUCGCUGACUUG